AUGGAAGGGUCCCACACGCGAUUCUCAAGCGAAUCUAGAGGUAUACUCGAUAAUUUGGACCCCCAGCGCUUCUCUUCGCAGAUUCCAGCUCCAAUUUCCGGCCGAAGACGAAAUAGUACAGCGUCAGCAGUUGGUGGCCCUGGACUAACAGAUCUGAUCAAUAAAAGUCUGGCAAAAACAAGACCAGAAAACACUAGAAGACCAUACACAGACUCGAGGAAAAGUUUGCUGCUAGAUUCUCGGAAAAGUCUGCGGUCUUCGCAGCGAACGUCUCUAUUACCCAAUAAUGCCAUUAAUAGCGGUGUUACCAAUGCCACAAACACUAACAACAAGGAUCCACGACCUUUGAGGGACAAAAACUUCCAGAGCUUAAUCCAACAGGAAAUAUUCGACUAUCUGCAGGCCCAGAAGUACGAUGUGCAGGCCAAUCAUCCCAUAUCCCUCAAAGCUCUACGACAGCCCACUCAGAAGGAUUUCGUUUUCUUGUUUCGAUGGCUGUAUCAAAGAAUGGAUCCAGGCUAUAGUUUCACCAAAUCUCUCGUGUAUGACGUAUAUGCGAUUCUGAAAACCAUCCAGUAUCCUUACUUGGAGACCAUAAACAAGUCUCAAAUAUCCGCAGUUGGGGGAUCGAGCUGGCCCAAAUUCUUGGGGAUGUUGCAUUGGCUGGUGAACACUAACAAAAGGUUAGAUGCGUACCUUCAAAAGGUGGAUUUGUCUCUUGUCAGCCAGAACACACAAGACCUCACAGUUCUACGACAGCCUAUCGGUACGGUAGACGAGCAGGAAGACAAACAAGAAAAAUACGAACUCAUAGUGGAGCGGCUCUUCAUCGACUACAUAGUCCAGUCUUACAAGAGCUUUUUGAAUUUGGACGACGACUACACCACGUACAUGAAGGAACUAGUUGUGGGAUUCGAAAAGUUCACCCAGGUCAUUGAGACCGAUAUCAGCAAUAUAGCCAUGUCCAACAGUCAUCUGUCCGUGCGAUAUCACGACUUGGUCGAAAAGGGCAAAGAGAUGAAAGUCGCGAAGGACAAAUUCAAUGCUUUGCAAAGCGAUCUGACAAAAUUUCAGAAUUACGUUAAUGCAAUGCAGCACAAGAGUCAAGAAUGGCCGCGCAAAUUGGAAAAGAUGGAAGCAGCAAAGCACUCAAAAGCAGAAGAGUUGAAGAAGACCGAGAGAGAUAUCGCUCAUUUACGUGAAUUAAUCAAGGGUAAGAGCAUGGAAAUUGCUGAAAUCGACAAAUAUAAUGGGGAGCGCGAAAGGUUGACAAAAGCUUUGGACACGAUAUCCAGCCAAAUUGAUCAGGCGGUAAGCUCUUUGAAGACUCAAAGACGAGACGCCGAAGGUGCGUAUAAAACGUUGGUGGACGUGAGCGAACAAUACGGAGUAGCAACAGAUAGCCUCGCGAUGGCCCGUUCAAAUGUGGGUCAUGACACCAGCGAUAUACAACAGAAAUUCUCGCUUCCGCCUAAUUACUUAGAAAAGUACGAUCUCUCACAAGAUGAUUCACAAUUCGAAAAUCUAGUGGGAUCAAGCUUACGUGAGACGAUUAUGCCCGUUCUUUUGCAGCUGAACGAAACAAUACAAAGCAGAAUUCAGAACUCAUCGCAAGAGAAUUCAUCACAUGAGGCCCAGCUGGAAACAAUUCGUCUGGAAAUCAAUGAAAAGACUAAGGAGCUCGAAUCACUAGAACAAGAGCUUUCCUUGGCUAAAGCUCGGUUUGAUGGAUUCAAGCAGGAGAGCCAUGGCAGACUUUUGUCACAGCGCAUUGAGAUUGAAAAAAUGGAAAGAAAACUCCAAAACGCAAAAUAUUCUUCUCAUCAGAAGGUAGUACAAGCAGAGCAAGACGUUGAGAAUACAAAACUUCGGUACGAAGAAUUAAAACUGUCUUUGAAUCGGGAGAAGAACAAUCUGUAUGCUAAAGUCAUUAAUGUCAUUGACUUUGUCAGUACUUUCAAGAUUAAUGUCCAGUCGUCAGUUGAGAGUUUAGAACUUCUCGCAGCUGAAAAGCUUCGCGAAGUACAAUCGGAAUAA